ACAGGAAGUAGCCAAAGAUGAAACAUGUUUGAUAUUUUUUGCGAAAAUGUGCUGUUUUCAGCGCUCGUUUCAGGCAGUUUAGUGAAGUUGUCUGCACUUUAUUUGCUGCAUAAAAACAGAAUAAAGAAUGCUCCAAUUGUUGGCAAAGUUGCAGCUAUUUUCGUGUAUCCGAUCAAGUCUUGCAAGGGAAUCAAAGUUGAGCAAGCUGAAGUAACCUGGGAGGGCCUCAAAUGGAAUGGAAUUAUGGACAGACAUUGGAUGAUCAUGAGUGCUGAGGGUAAGACAGUUACAGCCAGAACUGACCCAACACUUGUCCUAGUGGAACCGAGUAUACACGGUGACAGCAUGCACCUAGAUGCCCCUGGUAUGCCAACAAUAAAAGUACCAACUCACCCAAGCAUAGAGGGGACAACGUGCUAUCAGGUCAAAAUCUGGGACCACUUUGUAAGAGGGGUGUGUUGUGGCCAAGAGGCAGCAGAUUGGUUUAGUAAAUACCUUAAUAAGCCAGUCAGACUUCUUCAUCUCCAUCCAAAGCUAGGAACAUCAACCAUGCUGGAUGGCGCGUCGAAGUUUGAUAAAUGGGCAAGACCCUGGGAUAAGGUGGCCUUUUCCGACUAUUGUCCAUAUAUGUUCAUUUCUGAGGCAUCAUUACAAGAUUUAAAUUCACGCCUGGAAAAUCCCGUCUCAAUGGAUCGUUUUCGUACAAAUCUAAUCAUGUCAGAUGUAUCUAAAGCAUAUGAUGAGGAUACAUGGAGGACCGCAUUCAUAGAUGACGUUCAUUUCACAUUUUUGAAAGAAGGAACAAGGUGUAUUUUCAUUACAAUUGAUCCAGAGAAAGGCGAGAAAGACAAAGCAGAGCAGCCAUUAAAGAUGCUUAGGAGUUAUCGCUUGCAGCCAGAGGUUUACGGGAACUCGCCAUGUUUCGGAAUCAACAUGGUGCCAGACUCAGUGGGCACAAUCAGAGUGGGUGACCCCAUCAGAGCUUACACAAACUAAUCAACUCUUGACAAUGGCAAUUCAUUGAGCUUCUGCUGCUGCAGAACAAGUUGGUUUCAAUUGUGUCUGAUUUUCACUGGUGGGCCUGCUUGUUAAUUUAACAUGAUUCAAAUCAUUUGAUUUUACAAUUGAGUCACAGUGAUCG